GUCCAUCAAAACCACCAAGAAAAUGAAGUUAAUUUUCGUUGUUUUCAUCAUCGUGGCCCUGUCUGGCCUUUCACGGGCCCUCAAGGAUCCAAUUUGUGGACAAAAACCGGCCCAGCAUGGCUACGGAGAUUUGUUCUGCGCAGCCGCUUUUCCAAGAUUUAGCUAUUAUCCAAAUUUGAAGGAGUGCCAGAAAUGGUUGUAUAGCUGUGGAAUCACGAACGAGAAUCAUUUCAAAACGAAAGAGGAGUGCGAAGCUAAAUGCAAGGAAUAGUAGAAGCCACAAAUGUUUCGUUCCUUUCUCUCUCUUUUGAAUCAUGGCGUCAGAGCACUCUCAGUAGUUCUGAGCUUAAAAUAAGACCUGAAAAGAGAGUUUCCGAACCACAAUGCAUAAUUCCAUCAUA